GUUUUGACAUUUGCUAUGCAAAACAAACAAAUAACCUCACUUUCAAUCAGCUGAUUGAUCCCCCAAAUGUUAUUAUUUUAAUAACAAUACAAAUUGCUGUAAAAAGUUAAUGUCUAGGAACGAUGACGACAAAAAAAUACACAUUCUUCCUUUUAACCGGCGAACCUGGAGUCGGCAAGACUACACUUACUAAGAAGUUAUCAACGGAAAUUUCAUUAAAAGGUAUUCAGACCACAGGAUUUUAUACUGAAGAAGUAAGAAAGGGCCGCUCAAGGGAAGGAUUCGAUGUAGUAACUCUGGACGGGACUAGAGGCAGACUGGCGAGAGAUCAGAGCCUAUUAAAUGAACCAAUAAAAUACAAAGUUGGAAAGUAUGGUGUUCUAAUUCAGGAAUUUGAAAAAGUGGCUUUGCCUUCAUUGAUAAAGCCAGAUACAACUCAGCCACAUUUGUUGGUAAUAGAUGAGAUAGGCAAGAUGGAAUUCUUCAGUGAUCCAUUCAAGACUGCAAUAAGAACUAUUUUUAGUCCUUCAUCGAACUGUGUUGUACUGGCCACUAUUCCUGUAAGGAGAAGCGAUCAGUUAAUCGAGUCUAUAAGAAAUCAUAACUUGGCCAAAGUGUGGAUGGUAACCAGAGAAAAUAGGAAUACAAUUCAUAAUGAAAUACUUAAGGAAAUAAAUACCACUCUGAACUUUAUGUGAAAUGUUUAUUAUAGAGCUCUAAUAUUUAUUUAAUUAACAUGGAGAGUAUGUAACAUUCAUUUGUUUGAACAUCUGUUUUAUAAGCACCAUCAUUUAUUAACGUAGAAGCUGAAAUUAUUUUUUUACAAAAAAAAAGUGUUUGCAUAUAUGUAUUCUUGCAUAACAAAAAAUAAACAUACUGCGAUAACAAAAGUAAUUAAAGUAAAAGUAAUUGGAAAAUAUUAAGUAUAAUCAAUCACAAAACAUAAGGUUGAUAUCAAUAGUAACAUUGAAAUAUGAAGUAAUAAUAGAUUUAAUAUACAGUAGCAACAACAUUAACUUUCAACAACAUUAAGUAAUAAUUUCCUAUUAAAGCAGAAUUUAAUGCUGAAUAUAUCUGUAGCAUUGGUCCAAUUUUUGUUGAAUUAGUGGGCUGUCACCAAAAUGCAAUUACUGACCACCUAAAAAUUGUAUAAUCUUAUCUAAUAGUGUUGUCUGUAAAUUGAUAUUUAUGUAACACUAUUCCAUUUCACAGCAUUGAUGCUAUUUUUACUGAUUUACUUGAAAGAGUUCCCAAUGCUUUGCCUUCACCUAAUACUUACUAAAAUUAUGGCACAAUAAAACCUGUUUCAGCAAACUGAGUUUCAGGGUGUAACAGAUA